CGGGCAAAGGCUACAGACACAUCUUGAAUUCUUGAUUGAUCACUCUGGUUGUAAUUAAUCGUAGCUCAUAGAAAGAGUUGCCAUUGCAUUUCUUCCUGCUGCUCUGAAUUCUUUUUCUACUUAUCUUACCACACAACAAACAAGGCAAUGUUUCACUUCACCAAUCACCCCUUCAAUGCUUCAAUUGUUUUUCUUCCUUCUCAACCUUAAAAGUCUCCCAGUCACACUUUCACUGUCAAACCAACAUGAAUCUUUUACUCGCCGCUGUAACUCUCCUCGUCUUUUACGCGGCGAAAUUUUUUUACUCAAAUUUCUGGGUCCCAUGGAGAACAGAGCGGCACUUCAAGAGGCAAGGGAUAGGGGGCCCUGGCUACCGUCCGAUCUUCGGAAAUACAUCAGAGAUCCGACGGCUCUACGCAGAAGCCAAGUCAGAGGCAAGUGCAUCCCCUCCUCCGUUCCACCACGACAUCAUGGGACGCGUGGCUCCAUUCUACGACCGGUGGUCUCGCGCGUAUGGGAAAACUUUCUUGUACUGGUUCGGUUCGACGCCGCGGUUGGCGGUAACCGAACCGGACAUGAUUAAGGAGGUGCUCAUGAACACGCGCGGGGAGUAUGUGAAAGUUCCGUUCAACCCUCAGUCCAAGUUGCUCUUUGGACAGGGCCUUGUGGGCCUCGAGGGUGACCAGUGGGCCCUUCACAGAAGGAUCAUAAACCUCGCCUUUAACUUGGAGCUUGUUAAGGGAUGGGUGCCUGAUAUUGUGGCAAGUGUGACAAAGAAGCUGGAGAGCUGGGAGGACCAAAGAGGAGGAAGAGAUGAAUUUGAGAUAGAUGUGCUGAGAGAGCUUCAUGAUCUUUCUGCAGAUGUAAUAUCAAGGACUGCUUUUGGCAGCAAUUAUGAAGAGGGCAAGCAUAUUUUCAACUUGCAGGAGCAACAAAUGCAUCUUUUCUCACAAGCAGUUAGGAGUGUGUAUAUCCCUGGAUUCAGGUAUUUGCCAACUAAGAAGAACAAGGAUAGGUGGAGACUAGAAAAAGAAACACGUGAAUCAAUUCUCAAGUUGAUUGAGACCAAGAGCAAUACAAGAGAAAAUGCAAGAAAUGUACUAAGUUCUUUGAUGUGUUCCUACAAGAAUGAUGCUGGGGGAGAAGAAAAGUUAGGUGUGGAAGAAAUUAUAGAUGAAUGUAAAACCAUCUACUUUGCUGGGAAGGAAACAACUGCUAAUUUGUUGACUUGGGCACUUCUUCUAUUAGCAAAACAUCAGGAAUGGCAAAGCAAGGCACGCAAAGAAGUUCUUCAUGUCAUUGGACGCAAUCGACUUCCUGCUGCAGACAAUUUAAAUGACCUUAAGAUUGUUACCAUGAUAAUUAACGAAACACUUCGGCUCUAUCCUCCAGCAGUAAUGCUAAUGAGGCAAGCCUCUAAAGAUGUGAUGCUUGGAAGCAUUAAUAUUCCUGCUAAGACUCAACUCUUUUUGGCAUUGACUGCUGUUCAUCAUGACAGAGAAAUCUGGGGAGAAGAUUACCAUAACUUCAAUCCGAUGAGAUUUAGUGAGCCUCGAAAACAUUUGGCCGCAUUCUUUCCCUUCGGAUUAGGCCCUCGAAUCUGUGUGGGGCAAAAUUUGGCAUUGGUUGAGGCAAAGAUUGCUCUUGCUUUGAUCAUUCAAAGUUACAGUUUUGUGCUAUCUCCAAACUAUAUGCAUGCUCCUAUACUAUUUGUGACUUUGCAGCCUCAAUAUGGUGCACAAAUCAUUUUCAGAAAGAUAUCAUAUUGUUGAUUGUUGUUGCCUUUUCCCACUUCUCCCCCUCUGUAACUUUAAACUCCGUAAAUGGGGAAGCAUUGUAGCUAUAAAUAUUGUGCUUUUUUUACUUGUGAAAGCUUAUGUAGCCUAUGUUGAUAACUGGUGAAAGUUUUUCAGGUUAAAGCAGCAUAACUUAAAUUGGAUCAUCAAAUAUAUAAAGAUUUGGCAUGCAUGUU